AUGGCGACACCAACAGUGGCCUCCAGCGAUGCUGGGUUCAUGACAUCGGAUGGCAUCUCGAGGACCCCACGUGCAGGGCGACUUCCCGGUUCUUCAAGCGGCAGACCUGCAGCCCCUCCCUCCGAGAGCAUCGGCGCACUUAGUGAUGGCGAGGGCGAGGGUCUUGCCGACGACCAGUUACCAGUGCGCGCAAGGCCAACAGAUCCCGCCAACAUCCCUCGGGUAGAAGACAAGAUCGGCCUCAUCAUUCAAGAGACCUUUGAGGCCUUCAUUGAGGGAUACACAGAAACCCCCAGACCCUCCGGACAACCCACCUCGAGCGCCGUCACCACCGACAAGUACUAUGUCGCCCAGAUCCACGGCAUGCGCACCUACCAACUAUCCACCUUCUACGUCGACUGGAAGCACCUCGAGAGCUGGCACAGCGGCGCGCUGGCCAACGGCAUCAUGGAAGCCUACUACCGCUUCCUCCCUUUCCUGACGGCCGCGCUACAUAACAUGAUCGCCAAGUACGAGCCGCAGUACUUCCGCGAGCACCGUCAGCCGACUGCCUCGAGCCAGCAGCACACGUCGGGCGCCAGCACCGUGGGCUCAGCCAGCCAGAGCGAGCUGGGCAGCAAGACGGCCAACCAGCAAACUGACAAGCUCUUCUCUAUCGCCUUUUACCACCUGCCGCUCGUCUCGCGCGUGCGCGCCCUGCGCGCCCGCAACAUCGGCCAGCUGCUCUCCAUCAGCGGCACCGUCACCCGCACGUCCGAGGUCCGCCCGGAGCUGGCUCUGGCCACUUUUGUCUGCGAGGCCUGCCGGAGUGUCGUGCCGGACGUGGAGCAGACGUUCCGAUACACCGAGCCAACCCAGUGUCCGAACCAGACGUGCCAGAACAGGGUGGCGUGGAGGCUGGAUAUCCGGCAGAGUACGUUUGUCGACUGGCAAAAGGUGCGCGUGCAGGAGAACAGCAGCGAGAUCCCCACGGGGAGCAUGCCCCGCACGAUGGAUGUCAUUCUGCGCGGUGAGAUGGUUGACCGGGCCAAGGCCGGCGAGAAGUGCAUCUUCACUGGUGCCCUGAUUGUGGUUCCCGACGUCAGCCAACUGGGUCUGCCGGGCCUGAAGAGGGUGGCCGUCCGUGAUGAUCGCAGCGCUGAUGCGGGCGGCAGCGGUGUGAGCGGGCUGAAAUCUCUUGGUGUCCGCGACCUAACGUACCGUCUAGCCUUCCUCGCCUGCAUGGUGAGCUCGGAUGUGUCUUCCAUCGGCGGGUCUGGCGAAGCACAGAUCGUCGACGUUGUCGGCUCUUUGACGGGAAGCGCCAAGCUUGAGACCGCCGAGACGCUCGAGGAGCUUCAGGAGGCCGUUCUCGCGUCUUACACACAAGAAGAGAUUGCCGACCUCCGCGCCAUGGUGCACAGCAGUCACAUUUACAGCCGGCUGGUGCAGUCACUGGCACCCAUGGUCUACGGCCACGAGAUCGUCAAAAAGGGCAUCCUUCUGCAGCUGCUGUCUGGCGUGCACAAGAGCACCGCCGAGGGCAUGCAACUUCGCGGCGACAUCAACAUCUGCAUCGUCGGCGACCCGUCCACCUCCAAAUCCCAGUUCCUCAAAUACGUCUGCAAUUUCGCGCCCCGCGCCGUCUACACCUCGGGCAAGGCCUCCUCAGCCGCCGGUCUCACCGCGGCGGUCGUCAAGGACGAAGAGACGGGCGAAUUCACCAUCGAAGCCGGCGCGCUCAUGCUCGCCGACAACGGCGUCUGCUGCAUCGACGAGUUCGACAAGAUGGACAUCGCCGACCAGGUGGCCAUCCACGAAGCCAUGGAACAGCAGACCAUCUCGAUCGCCAAAGCGGGCAUACAGGCGACGCUCAACGCGCGCACCUCGAUCCUCGCCGCCGCCAACCCGGUCGGCGGGCGGUACAACCGCAAAACCACCCUCCGCGCAAACAUCAACAUGUCGGCGCCCAUCAUGUCCCGCUUCGAUCUCUUCUUUGUCAUCCUUGACGAGUGCAACGAGCAAGUCGACCGCCACCUGGCCGAGCACAUUGUCGGCAUCCACGAAAACCGCGACGCGGCCGUUACCCCAGAGUUCUCGACCGAGCAGCUGCAGCGAUACAUCCGGUUCGCGCGAACCUUCCGGCCCGAAUUCACUGACGAGGCGAAAGAGGUGCUGGUGCAGCGGUACAAGGACCUGCGCGCGGACGAUGCUCAGGGUGGGAUCGGGCGGAAUAGCUACCGGAUUACGGUGCGCCAGCUCGAGAGUAUGAUUCGGUUGUCCGAGGCGAUUGCCAAGGCGAAUUGUGUCGAGGAUAUCACGCCUGAUUUUGUCAAUGAGGCGUAUAGCCUCCUGCGGCAGAGUAUCAUCUCAGUGGAGCACGACGAUGUGGAGGUGGAUGAUGAGGAAGAGGAUGCUGGUGUGCUGAGGCUGGCGGCCGACGCGGCUGCUGGUGCGGCGGCUGCGGAUGCGGAUGGGGACGAGGCCAUGGCCGACGGCGACAGGCAGGCGUCGGUUCCCGCUGCUGCUGCUGCUGCUGGGCAGGGCCGGGGGUUGACGAUUGCGUAUGAUAAGUUUGUCAGCAUGCGGAAUAUGCUGGUGCAGAAGGUGGUGGAGGAGGAGAGGGGUGAGGGUGGGGAUGGGAUCGAAGGCGAGGCGCUACUGACGUGGUAUCUGGAGCAGAAGGAGGAGGAGUUGCAGAGCGAGGAGGACUAUAACCACGAGAGGGCCCUGGCUAAGAAGGUGUUAAGGAAACUGGUCAAGGAUAAUGUGCUCAUGGCGAUCCGCGGCCAGGGCAUGACGGAUGGGGACGGCGCUGGCGAGGGCAGCUCGACCCAGGCGGCCCAAAUUGUCUAUGUGCUGCACCCCAACUGUGCCGUCGAGGAGGUCUAG